AUGUUGAAGGUUCUCCAGGAUCAGAGGGGGGCUCAGCAGCCUCAGAUGGAGGGUUUAAAGCAGGAGGUGAGCCGGCUGAAGGAGUGGGCGUCUGGUUUGACUGGGAAACGGUCACAGCUGGAGGGCAGCUUGACUUCACUGAGGAAUGCUGUGGGGCAAAUCGAAGAGCGUACCUCGGCCAUCACUAAGGACAUUGCUAAUAAGGUGUCCUCGGUGAGGACAGAUGUGCGCCGGAUGGACGGACUGCAGUCUGAGAUGGACUCUCUGCUGACUCGGGUGGGAGAGCUGGAAGAGAAGACCGCUCAGGUGGAGCACAGCAUGGUGAGACGCAUCGGAGACGUGCUGGCCAGCAGCAUCGACCGAAUCUCCAAUCUCCGCGCUGCCUCUGAACGCAACGCUCGGGCCAUAGAUCAGCUUCGCAGGAGUCUCCCUGAACUCGCUGCGGCAGACGAGCAGAUCUCGGAGCGGCUGAGAGAGAUGGAGAGCGGCCGGGCUCGUCUCAUCAGAACCGUUACGUUUGCUGCUGACCUUAAACCCAAAGUGGCGUCUAUUAAGAGAGACUUUGGGGCGUUUGAGCCUCAGUUGUCCGACUUGACUCUUCGAAUAGGUCGGUUAGCAGAAGAUCUCACCAAGAGAAAGCAGGAGCUCGCGGAGCUUCGACAGACUUUAUCAAAUCUCACCGCGGUCGAGGGAGAUUUAAGCGUCACGGCUAAACACGUCAGUGAAAUAUCCGAUUUAUCUGCUAUUGGAGACACACGCACGCCAACGUGAAAACGUUUUAGACUUGUCCAGCUCGUCAGUUCACCCGACAAACUAUUAAAAAAUGUUCAGUAAUA